AAGUAUCUCUCUAAAGCCAAGGAUGAGACGCAAUGUUGGAAAAGAAGCCACACCCAAGCUACGGCUGUUCUCUUAGUGGUUCUUGUGUUGAUGAUGUCGUCACUGCUGUUCAGUUGGACAAACCGUAGCUUCUCCACCACUACAGUUUCACCAUACAUCAGCACGGAGCAGAAGGGGGAGCGAUGAUCUUUUUUAGUCCAUGUCUUGCUAUGUUCCUUCUGACUAUGUUCUCAAAUAUCGGCACUGCUACAUCCCAGUCUUGUAAAGAAUAUAAAACACUUUCUGAUCCAUGCCGCAAUGUUGGAUUUUGCUCCAGCAUUAAUAAUAUGAGUGACAGUGAGCUGAUAGAGGGUUGGUACAUCUUUAGUGGUCUAAGUGGGGACCAAGUAGUCCCUUCCUGCGCACCUGCCCAAAAUAUCACCAAAGGAUCUGUCACAAAUUACAACUUAUUCACAUGUAAUUCAAGCAACAACCCCACCAAUGUUACAAGUUGCGGUGGAUUAACUCUCUACUAUCUCCGACCUAUCAAAGGAAUUUAUUCUACACGCCAUUCAUCCUGCAAUAAUAGUUCUUGUGGACCGAAUGCUUACUGCGGUACUGUUUAUGGCAGCUGCGUGUGUAAUCCUGGCUACGAAUGCUCAAAAAAUGGAUGCAUGGUUAUCCAAGUGUCUGCAGAAUGCAAGAAUGCAAUAUGUGCAAGUAAUUUUCUUGACAAUCUUGAAAAACUCCUAAACAAUUCAGGUCCACUAGAACAGAAGACUGUGGAACAUUAUUUGAACGCAAUAAUGAAUGUUUCAUCCAUCACUGGAAAUUCUACUGACACACAGCUAAUCUCCCUCGGAAAUAAAGUACUGUCUGUUACUGAGAAACUGUUGGUGUCACUAGUGACACCAACGGAGACCCAGAACAGCACAACCAUUACUCUCAGCAAUAUGGAGGGCCAAAUAUAUACAGUUGGAAAUUAUACUAACUUGCUUGAAAUCCCCCGUCUCAACACCAGCAAUUCUUCUCUGGAUAUUGAUCUCAUUGGGAUUUCCAAGCAAAACAACGGAUCAGCUGCUGUGAUCUUUGUGAGCUACAGCAACAUGGACAACAUCCUGAAACCUACCUUCUUCGAACCAAAUUCCGGCACAAAUAAAACCAUGAUGUCCUCUGUGGUGUCAGCAACACUUCCUAAUAUCAUUAGCAUAAACUUCACUAAACCAAUUAAUUUCACCUUUAAUCAUACCCAAGAUUUAGUCCAGGCAGCAAAUCUCUCCUGUGUGUACUGGAAGGAGUCGGUAUGGGUUGAAGAUGGUUGUAGCAUCACAAAGAAUGAGUAUUCCUCAGUGUGCACCUGUACUCACCUGUCUACCUUCGCUCUGAUCAUGCAGUUCAACCCAAACCAGAUACGUAGUGAUGAAUCUGAUGAAUCUGAUGAUCUCAUAGAGAUCAUUAAUAAAGUGCUUGUGUCCGUGGGGCUAUUCUUCCUCUUCCUGACUGUAUUAACUCUUGCUGUUUGCCAGCGAGGCCAAAAAGUGACCAAUGUGGCUUUGCUUAACCUGUCCAUAAGCUUAUUUUCUGCUCACUUGGUUUUUCUGCUCAGAGAACAAUUCCUGAAGAACAUAAAGCUUGAGCUGCUGCUGUGUGAAGUGUUGGCUGGUGUCAUACACUUCUUUUUUUUAUCAGCAUUUGUGUGGAUGCUCAUUGAGGCAGUGUUGCUGUACAUCUUUGUGAAGAACCUUUCACAUUUGGGCUCAAAGCAGACAGAGUUGCUUGACUGGAAAUACAUGAUAGUGAUUGGAUAUGUCAUCCCCCUGGUGUUUGUGGGCUUGUUCUCUGGACUGAUUCCAAAUCCCUACAAUUUUGAAACGUGUUGGAUUAACACUGGUUCCAUCUGGGGAUUUCUCGGUCCUGUGAUUGCCAUCAUUGCUAUCAACUUUCUCCUGUCUUGUGCGAUCUUCGUAAUUCUCCGGCGCGCUUUGUUAAAGCUGGAUAGUUCUGUUUCCAAACUAAAGCACACCCGGACUCUUGUGUUAAAAACCCUGCUCCAGUUUGUCAUUCUUGGCUGUCCCUGGGUUUUAGGUUUCUUCAGUAUGAAAGACCAAACGAUACACAUAGCCUUCAUCUGCUUAAAUUCACAGCAGGGAACCUUUAUUUUUAUCGUUCAUUGUGUCCUCAACCAAGAGAUCAGGCGGCAGUACAGGAAGUGGUGGGAUGACAUACGCCACUGCUCCAAGUACAAGUCCAUGGCAGAAGACCAGACCAGAGCUUCACAUAUACACUCAAAUUAAUAUAAAAACAACAUUAAUGUCUUUUUUAAGGACAAUUUCAUAGUAUGUCACAUGACUGAGGAUUAUUUCAGGAAGACAAAUAUGACAUAUUUUUAAUAGGAUGGCUGAAAGUUACCAGCUGGUUGUGUAUAAAACUUAGAGUUUCACAGCUAGAGCCAGCCACCCGUUAGUGUUGUUAACAUGUUAUUAAUCUACAAAACACAUGAUUAUAUACGAAAUAACUUGCAAACUCAAUACAAUAUUUUCUCUAUGUCAUAGUGAAGUGCAGAAACAUUCACGUGAAGUAUAAAGAAACUCAGAACACUAAAAUCCUAACUGUGUUGUUGUGUUGUUGACUUUAUCCUGACCAAAUUUCAGUAGUCUGCAGUUUGUUUAAAAGAUUUUCAUGUCAUCAUUUUUAAAUACUUACUUAUAUGAAAAAUGUAAUUUUUCUGCUCAGUUUAUUCCUGUACACUAUUCACUGCAUAGGGCAGAAAUGACAAUAAAAAUGCUUCUUGUCUCAUGAA